AUCCAUCUCAUUUUAUUUGUCAAACUUCCCUUUUUGAGUUAUUAUCCCAAUGUAAGUGUCACAUCUCUUUUUGUGGAAAGAAGUAUGUGAUCGAUCUUUAACAUAUUAUUUUAUUAUAUUCAAAUUCCAAAGGUUACUAAUUCUCCAAUGUGGAGGAGAAUAUGCUCUAUUGAUGACUUUGCAAACUCAAUAUGUGGGACUAAUCCUGAUGGCUCUAUUUUUUGGGAGCCUAAAUUGGAUCGAUGGAAAGUUUUCCUUCAAAUCAGCUUUUGAAUCCAUAAGAGAUGAGCAGCCUACAUCUUUCUCUUGUACUCAGAUUUGGCAGUCUAGUCUGCCGCUAACGGUCAAAAUUUUUCAGUGGAGAUUAUUGAAAGGAAUACUUCCUAUUCUUGACAAUUUAGGCAGGUUUCAAGUUGUUCUCAACCCAACAAUUUGCCCAUUUUGUAGAGCUCAGCCAGAAUCUGUAGACCAUAUUUUUCUAACCUGUGUGAAGAUUAAACCAAUUUGGGAGUACUUUAUGGGAAUUUUUAGCAUUCCAACUCUUUAUCAAUCUUGUUCAAUCAGAAGCAUUUUCAUCACUUGGUGGCUUAAAGCUGAUGUUAAAAAAUUGGAAGAUAUCUUUAAGCUUUGCCUACCUGGUAUAAUCCCGGUAGCAACUUCCUCUCCUUUGGAAGCCGAAAUUAGGGCGGUGGUUAUGGCAACGACUUGGGCUCUCAACGAAGGGUUCUCGGAUAUAAAAGUCGGAAUGAAUUCUGCGGUGGCUUUGAAAUAUAUUAUGGACGGAGGAUCUGGCAGAUGGAGCGAUGAGGUUGCUAAAUUGUUGGUUUUGUCUGAAGGAAGAAGACUUUCCUUUUCGCAUGUGUGGCGUGAAAUGAAUUGGGUUGCCCAUUUUCUGACUUUUCAGCAUACGGGCCCAAAGAUUUCAUAGUCUCGGGUCUGCCAUCUUCCGGCCCAAGCAAAAUGUGCCUACUACAUGGAUCUUUUCGGGUUGCCUUCUCUCAGAUUUUCGCAUUAGUUGUUAUUCUUUUGGAGUUGGCUUUUUUAUUCUUUGAUUUAUUUUCUUUCAGAUGUAAUUUCCUCGGAGAGGUCUUUGGUCUAGUCCCCCUCUCUUUGUUGUUACUCUCUUUCUUAAUAAUAAUAUGGUAAAUGUACUCCGUCAUUUACCCAAAUGAUUUUGGUGGUUUACCUUCCGGAGGAGAAAAAAAAAUUCAACCAUAAAUUUUAGUUAUUCAAUUAAUUUAUUAAUAAUUGCGUCAAAUUAAAAUAGGAGACAUAAAUACUCCUAAAUUUGAUAAGGAAUAAUUGGUCUACCAUGAUAGAAAAGUCACACAAUCUUUGUGGUACCAGCACAGCAAUGUUCUAACUCCCACGACCCACCAUUACCAGCUAGUUACUCCCGGAGUAGACAUUGUCGUCGUCCGCAGAACUCAGAUCUCCGGGCAUCCUAAGAUGCUGCGGAAUAUCCCACACUUUAGCUGCCACGUCAUCAAUGUUAAGGGGAUAUUUGACUAGGGAAAGUGCUGGUAGAAACGUAUUGGCCUCACUUAUUUCUUUCAUACACAUUUUCUUCAAAGUUCUAGCCCUAGCCCUAGCCCUAGCUUUUGCCCUAGAUUCUUUAGCAGCAACGUCUUUCAUGGAACAGUCUUUUCCCCUUUUGUUAGCUUUUCGCGUGGACACCCCGUCACUCACGGCGGAAGACGGCGAACUGUCUGCGGCGGCGUGGGUUAGCUCUUGAAUGGCGAGCUUCGAUUUGGCGAAUAACCAACUUAGGGUUUUGCUGGGCUUGUCAAAACCCAAAGUGUCUUGAAGAUGGAAGAACUUUUGAGCUAUGGAGAUUGAGAGCCUGACCCUCCGGUCCCUUUGACCUUGAGCAGUCAUUAUUUUAGUACGGUGGUCCUUUUUCUUUGCCGCCUUCUGCUCCGGCCUGCCGGAAAGCAGAAAAGGUUUCUUUUUUAUGCGGAGUUGGCUGGUAUUGCCUGCAUUAUCAUUUCUAUAACUACUAUGGUCGUUAAUUUUGACUCCAUUGUUGGUGGUUGGGUUGACCAAAGUAUUGCAUGGAAAUUGGUGGUCCCGGAAAUCAGGAAGGAGGAUCCAGUGAUACCCUCCGCCGUGGGAGGUGGCGGAGCUGGCUGAGAGGUGAGUAAGGGCGUUUGGUUGGGUGGAGGAGAACAUUAUUGCUAAUUAAUUAAAGCAUGUACUCUACUUCCUCGAACUUACUAUUUAGAGAAAUAAUUGAAACAAUCGUGGAGAAGGACAGGAGGAAAAGAAAAGAGUUAGGUGGUUUCAAAUCAUAGCAGACCAAUCCCUGAGACUCCGUAUAUACCUAUUCGAUUGCUGUGGCUGUGUGCUUAACGUUUACUCAUCAUAGACCCAUCUUUCACCCACUUGCCAAAACAGGAACGUACCCACACUAGUCAGUGUUGCUUCUUUUCCUUUUGUGGUACAUCGAUGUGUCAAAUGCUAAGAAACUAUAAUUAGAACAAGUUAAGUACUAACAAACUAGAAUUAGACACCAAAAUUAUAAUUCCGUUUGGUAAUACAAAGAUUAACUGAAUUGAUUCAAU